AUUGUGAUGGCUCAUAGCCCAUCUACCUCUUAUUGAUCUUUUAUGUUCUUUGAAGACCAGUUUUGAUUCUCUGUCUUAAACCCCCACGCAAAGUAACGAAGCGAGACACAAAAAUGGCGAGGAAUUCUGGGGUUCUAGCGCGACAAUUGCUUGGCAAUCGCAACAAGCUCUGCGCAGCUCUUCUCAAUCAUCACCACAAGCUUCCUUCUAAUUCUUUCCAAACUCUAGCUUCAAUCUCGACCACCCCAUCUUCUUCACACACAACCCCUUCCAAUUCCAAACCCUUCUCCAAGUCCGUUCAUCACUUCUCGAACCCUCAUUUUCUGCAACACCGACCCCUCUCCUCACCCUCAGGGCCCUCAAAAAUUGUCCCCAUUAGGUCAGAGAAUGAAUAUGAUAGCGCAGUUAACAUAGUUCAAGAUAAAGCUUUGCCAGCACUCUUCUACUUCACUGCAGUCUGGUGCGGGCCUUGCAGGUUCAUAUCUCCAGUCAUUGGAGAGUUGAGUGAGCAAUACCCACAUGUGACAACAUAUAAGAUUGACAUUGACGAGGAAGGCCUUGCAAACACUCUGGGCCAGCUGAAUAUUUCCUCUGUGCCAACAUUCCAAUUCUUUCAAGAUGGGAAGAAGGUAGCUGAAAUUAUUGGUGCUGAUGUUGCACGCCUGAGGGACACUUUUGGAAAACUCUACAAGCAGGAAUGAUUGAGGAUGAUUCAUCCGAGACCGGAAUAAAAGAGGAUGAUUAAUCCAGAUACACUUGUAUAAAGAGAUUCUAAGAUUCUAUUUAUGCGAACAAGAUGAUUGUAAAACUUUCUUUUCUACUAUUAACAGUUUAACUUCUUCGAUAAGUCUGGUUUUUGAAGCUCUUAUCAAAUUUUCACCAGUUUUAUGAUAAUUAGUUAAUAA